AUGGAAAAGACAGGACAGCCUUUCUCUAGACACUUUGUUGCCAUGCUCCUCCUGCAGAUGAUAACACCAAGUUCAGAGCAGUUCACAGCGAAUGGCAUAGAGGGGCCAGUCUUGGCUCCACUGGGUGGAAAAGUUGAGCUCAGCUGCCAGCUGUCCCCACCACAGAGUGCAGAGCACAUGGAGAUACGCUGGUUCCGGAACCACUACAAAAAACCUGUUCACCUGUACAAGGAUGGUAAAGACUUGUAUGUAGAAACCAUCUCUAAUUACGUGGAGCGGACAGAGCUCCUCACAGACACCAUUGGAGAGGGUAAGAUGACCCUCAGAGUCUUUAGUGUGAAUGCUGAUGAUGACGGGACAUACCACCGUUUCUUCAAAGAUGGUGAUUUCUAUGAGGAGGCCAUCACAGAGGUAAAGGUCACAGCUACAAGCCUAGAAAUGCAGAUUCUGGUGCAUCCUCCUAAUGCCAAAGGUCUUUUAGUGGAGUGUAAUUCAGGAGGUUGGUUUCCACAGCCUCAAAUGGAAUGGAGAGACAGCAGAGAAGAGAUCAUCCCACCUUCCUCAAAAUCCCAUUCACAGGAUACAGACAAAUUAUUCAACAUGAAGAUGACCCUUCUAAUACAGAGCACCCAUGGGAAUGUCACCUGCUACCUUCUAAACCCUGUAACUGGUCAAGAGGAGAAGACAAGCAUUGUCCUAUCAAAUAAACUGUUUCUAUGGAAUACAGUUUGGAAGUUGAUUCUGGGCUUAAUUCUGGCUCUACUGCUGACCUUUACCCUGGUAUCCAGUGUUGCUCUACAUUGUAGAUUACAAAGUUGCUCCUGCAAUGCAGUAUCUCCUUGGUUAGUGGGCAUACUAAUAGUCUUGACUUCAUUCAGUAUGAUUGUCUCUCUCAUUUUCUAUUUGCAUUACAAAAAAAGAGUCCCCGUUUCAGAUCCACAUUUCGAGUUGGAUGUCAUGUGGCUGGAGGAUAUGACUGUGAUCCUGUGUGUUCUGAUGGUCUUCAUCACUGUGAUCAGUUCCUCUGCUUACUUUAGACUCAGAGGCCUCCCGCCUCUGAGUGCCAAGCCACUGCUGCUACAGCUGCUGCUUCAGACCCAGACCCCAUCCCAACUAGCUGUGUAUCGAGUUCCUCAACCAGGGAUUGAACCUGUUACCCCUGCCGCGGAAGUGCAGUUUCUUAACCGCUGA